CCGAUCUGGAUAACAUCAAAAUAUGUAUAUAAAUGCGGCAGUAAGGGAUUCAUGCUACAGAUAUCAGCAAUCUCUACCAAAGAUUGCACCUUUACUUCACCCGCUUAGAGUCAAGGUGAGAAGAGCAGAAAAACAUGUGCCCAAAUGUUCAAGACUAUACCCCAACUCAUCCUACCUUUGCUUGCAAUGGAAAGUCUCGGUUGAAAAGACCAAGACUUCAGGUUUAUAGGCUGUCCAGGAGAAGAUGUGCAGAAAAAGAAGUAGAAGACAUGGAACUUAAAAACCUGAAGCUGUAUCUGAAGAACAAAGGUAUCAUGGAAGAGAACGCAAAGUUAAGGAAAAGAGCUAACCUUCUCUACCUAGAGAAUUUAGGGUUGAUGUCUGAGAUGAAGAAAAAGCUUCUGCAUUCAGGUUCAGGCCAUGUGUCUACACUCUUGAACUCCCCUUUGGAGCCAAUGGCAGAAAAAAUCUUGCACUAAGCAAAAAAAAAAAAAAAA